GCAAACUCUCAAUAUGUCAACUUUGUACAUUUCCAUUAGUUAAAUGACUUUACAUUUAUGAUGUACGCGGUGCUUUGAGCGAAAUAAAAUGUUUAAGAAUUAUGAUUUUAUAUUUUGAACAGUGUCUGGGUAGCAGGGAUCAGUAGAACAGUCUAUAGAACCUAUUUGUUUAUUCAUAUAGAGUAUGCAUGAUUACAUUUAGUUUGUUGGUGGCAAAAUGUCCACGUCAGAGUCUGGUGUGGGAUGUAUUAGUGAAGUUACGCUUGCAAUUAGUAAAGCAAGGGGUUCUCAAUCAGGCAAUGUGAGAGUACUUGAUAGCCCCGACUCUGAUGGAUCCGGCCACUCGAAUUCGUUCACUGUACAACGGUUUAAUUAUCCUGACAAUAAUAAUGCAAAUUCUGAUAUUUUGCACCCUCCAUUGACUAGCGAAGAUUUAAGAAUACCGAUCGUCGGAUACGAAGUUAUGGAAGAGAGAGCCAGAUUUACAGUUUACAAAUUACGAGUGGAAUUGAAAAAUGGUGAUUGCUGGUUCGUAUUUCGAAGGUAUACAGACUUUGUUCGUUUAUUAUCGCAAUUAAGAAGACAAAAGAUUCCAAUUUCGCAUCUAAGUUUGCCAAGGAAAAAAUGGCUCGGAGAUAAUUUUGCUCCAAGCUUUUUAGAAGAAAGAAUACGUGGCCUUCAGACAUUUGUCAAUGGAAUAUUAAGUAGUCCACUUCUCAUAGGCAUUGCGUGCGUCAGAGACUUUUUUUGUUUAGACGAACCGCCCGCCUUAUCCGACACUGCAGAUGAAUCUCGAGCAAUAUUUGAAGCAUUGGAAGACACCAUAUAUCAUUUACGACAACAAUUAAGAGAACGAGAGGCGGCGCUUGCGGCCGAAACAGCGUUAUGCAAUGAACUCGAGAAAAAGCUGCAUCAAAUGUUAAGUGAAAGACAAACCUGCCUAAAAUGCGGUGCAUCUCAAUAAUAAUUUUUCAUAAAUUUGUUUCUUACAAGUUGAUACCAGAAAACUAUAUUUGUUUAUUGCUACGACAUAACAAAUUGUUAUCUUAAAAAUAUUUGUUAAAGAGGAGAUAUUAGAUAUCACCGGUGUAUUUUAUAGUAUCAGUUAUGGCACAAUCACUUUCAUUUUUGAUUAUAUUAAUUUAUACACAACAAUGAUAAGUGAUAUGUAUAAGGUUCCUUAGAAUAAUAAGUACAUCGAGCUCUCCUAGCGUUAAAUGUAACUUAAAUAUCUAUUUAUAUCGUGUAUUUAAUAAUAGCCGAAGUGCUUUCAAAUUUAUAAGAGAAUCUCAAUAUAUAAAUUAUUACGGCUCGACUAUGAACACACGCCAAAGUGCAUCGAUCUUUGGUAUUUUAUAAAAUUCUAUAUAUUUUCUAGUAUUUUUACAUCGUUGUUAGCAUAGUUAU